CCUCUUCUCCCCGCCCGUCUACGUCUACCCUCCGCCCACUGCCCGCCCAUCGCCCGCCCGCAGCCUGCGCACCAUCAGGCCUGCCCCCCCACCCACCAUCUUGGGUCCUUGACCCUCCAACGCUCGCUCCACUUUCUUACAUUCAUCGCGCCUCGUCUCACCAUAACGCCUACCCUGCUGUGACGGUCCCGGAGCCCUAGAAGGUUUGGCCGGUCCCGCUCUCGGUCACCAAGACGCUCCCGGUCCCGCUCCCCCAGGGCUGAGUAUGUACGAUGAGUGACUGAGUGUCUGGGAACAGUGAGGAUUGGGGCCUGAGGCUCCUCUUGGCAGGAAUAUUUUCCACCAUUUGUAUUAAGGUCUUGAAGCUAAUUCGCUUUGAAUUGUAGGUCAUAGAUUUUUUGUUGGAAAUUUGCACAAAAUUUUGAAAAAUCUCACUAUUUCCUGGGUCAUUACUUUCAUAACACUCACUUUGUAAUUUAUGUAUAAUUCAGAUAACUUGAAAUUUAUGUAGCCUAUCAAUUGAAUACAGAAUAGUCAUUGUUUUAAGAUUACUGAGAUUCCUGUUUAGUUCUAGGUUCCUCACUUUUAUAUGGUAUGAGAAUGAAUGUUAUGUGCACCAUACCUUUCUGAUAUAUUUCCUUGAAGACUACUAAACAUAGAGCACUAAAGUUAUUGUGGCAGUACAAAUGAAGAUGAAAGGUAUGGAAUGUUUGUCAUUAAGAAGUUUCACAAGUAACCCUGUACUGUAUUAUUGAUCCUGCAUGAUGGCUGGCUGACUGGCUGGCUGCUGACAUACUAGUGACCACCAUUCAUCUGGUCUUGUUGAGUUGAACUUUCUUUUGUAUUGAAGGUUAUCAAUUUUCACAAUAUUCGUCAACACUAAAGGUUUGCUGGAAACAUGGAAAUAUAGUUGACCUUUAAUAAAAAUAUAAAUUACAAGUAAAGCAGAAAAUCCAUAACCAAGAAAAGGUUUUGGUGAGAUGGAAAUAUGGAGCUGAACACAAUGAGAGGUUUGUCUACCUCCAUUUCCUCUGUAACCCAAGGCUCAUCACAAACUGCCCAACCAGAACUUUGACACAGGUAGAAGUAACAUGAAUACUUGUGAGAAGCUAGUUUCACCGUUUAUAUAUAUUUUCAGAGGUUUACUGAUAAAGUUAGCAUAAAGACCACUGCUACAAAAAGGCUUUGGUUAGAUCCUUGCAUUCCUACUCCACAGUCUCUCUCUCUCUCUCUCUCUCUCUCUCUCUCUCUCUCUCUCUCUCUCUCUCUCUCUCUCUCUCUCUCAUUCGCUUUUGGAAGAGGGAAAGCACACCAAUAAAGGUACGCCUGAUAACUUAUCGGUAACAUAGAGAUAACACGAUUCCUCCAACACAGGGACACGAGAGAUAGGGAAGCAGUGUAGUUAUGUCUGUGGAACUGCUAUCGCCACACCCCUCCACUGUAUAUUGUCUUCCAUUUCUCUGUACGACUUGUAUGUAACGAGUUUUUCUUUACUUGUAUGGGUGUAUGAGCUUUAUCUCUUCCUUUUUUCUUCAUUUUUUCUUUUCCUCCCUUCCUCUCUCCUGUCUUCUAAUUAUCAGCCAGCGGAACCUUACUUCCUCGCGUGAUACAAGUGACACCCAUAGCUGCUGCUUUCUCCUAGCAGUAAUGAUGCGACAAAGCUCCGUUCACUCCCUCAAUUCCUAGGAGUUGUAUUUUCAAUGUGUUCCUCUUCUGUGAAUGAACUAUGAGGUGCUACAACUCUUCGCCUCUGGAAACUAGUACGUAUAUAUGAAUUAAAUGCUGUUUACCUCAGGGAGUGACUAAAGGGAGAUAGUGAAAGGAAAGACGAAUAAGUGGAAAAUUGAGGAAAAGAAAGAAAACGAGGAACAGGAAUGAAGCAGCAAAAGGCGAAGAUUAGAUAAGUGACUGAAGGACAAGGAAUACAGAAGUGGAGGUGUAAAGGAAAGACGUAUUAGCUAAGAAAUUAUUUUAGAGGAACAAACAAUAGCAUUAGAGAGGUCGUGAAUUAUGUGUUAGUUUGAGGAAUAACGUAAUAAAGACAACAAACAGAUCAAACAUUUUAUAACUUAAAAAGAAUUACUUGAAGCACUGCAAUAACUCAUGUAGGUGACGAUAAGAAAAUAAGUACCAUAAAAUAUACAGGAAAAGAAAAUCUGGAAGAAUAAAAACACGGAUAUGUGAAACGAUAAAAAAAAAAGAUUUCUUGAAGAGUAAAAAAGCACAUGAGAGAGAAAGAGAGAGAGGGUAAAGUAAGAAGCAAAACCCAACAAAGCAUAGAACAAGCUAAACGAGGUGGAGAGAAGCAAUACAAAUGAAGCAGUUGAGCUAGACAUCCGGGCAGCCGUGUGUGACUCCCUGCUGAUCUGUACUUGGCUACUGAGGACGUGGUGAGGUCAGUAACACUCCGAGAUCAUGGAAAAGAAGAAAAGAAACACCAAUACUGUGCCAGGAGUGAGACGCCGUGUGUAUGUACUCGGGUUUCUUAGCCAGCUAGUGGCCUUGGUACAAAUCGUGGGCCAUCUGGUGAUGCUGAGUCUGGUGGUGAAUCCUGACCACUUUGAUAGCCAAGUGGCAUCGCUCAAUGUGGGAAUGUCCAUGUUGACUGGCGUGUACGUUGGGCUGACUGGCCGCCUGCUCUUCCUUUUUCAUGAGAAACGUUACGAGGAAACACGCGGGCCGGAAUGGAUGUGGUGGUUCUGUACUUUGGGAAUCGUUACUUUCAACGGCCUGCAACUAGUUUGGUUCUCCCUGACUGAGGACAUAAUUCCGGCAGUGGUGUGUAGCGUGGCUUCCCUCAUCUAUCUUAUCUUCUUUAAGUUCGCCAAGGAUGAUCUCAAGUUCCUCAGAGAUGAUGCUGCUGUUGCUGCCACUACACCCAUCAUCACUACUACUGCUUCUGCUAUGGCUGCACCUUCCACUCGUGUGAGCGAAGACAGUUGAACAGGCUAGGCUGGAAGACCGUUUGAACAGACAAACGUACAGUUAGUCAGGAAACAGGUAGACGGCUCAACAAGGAAUAAAUAAACAAGCAGAAAUAAAGUUGCACAAGUUGGAAUAGACAGUUGAACAAGCAGGAAUAGAUAGCUGAACAAGAAAUAGUUAGAUAAUCUAUUGAUAUUUACUGUUUGACACGUUUCAUUGUCUUUUGUAUUGCAAGUUAUCAAUUUUCAGUGUUCAUUAAUGCUGGAGGUUCAGUACAAACAUGUAAAUAUACUUCACAUUUGUUAGAAAUAAAAAUAACAAGUAGAGAA